AUGAAGCUUCCUUCCCAAGCCUCGCUUUCCCCCCCUCGACAUUCGAGCACAGCACAUUCUAGUCCACGCACCAAGAUGGCGCGCGCAAAGAGGCAGAAGACCGAGCUCGCCGCUUUCGCCGCCUCGCAGCCAUUGUUCGAGGCUGUCAGAACAGUCAAUCUCACCAUCGCCCAUGAUGUCGUCAAGAACAUUCAUGUCGGCGUGCAGAACAACGACGAGCACAACCACAUUGAACGGCAUGUUGCCUACAUGGAUGCCAUUGUGGAGUCAUGGAGGAGCGCGACCGACGCUUACUGCAAUAUCUUUGCCCAAUUGACCUCCAUUACUGCCGAUAAACCAAACGAAGGAAUUGGCGCGGCAGAGUCGCAUAGUUUCUUCCAGGAAAUGCUAGAAACGGCUCGGAAGGCACAGGAGGCGGCGAAAAGGUUUACCUCGGCGAAAGAGCGCGCUGUCCCGGAAACGAAUACUACAAUUGGUGGCAAUACGGCAGAGACUGUCCCUGCUGUAGAGUCAGAUGAUGAGAUUGAGUUGAAGCAUAAGCCUCUGAAUGGUGGGCCAAGCACAUCAGAGUCCUCGAAUAAAUCUACAUCCACUGCUACUCCUGGUAAGCAGCUCGCACGAUCGGACAGGAUCAAGCUAGACAAGUCAGGGACGAGAGUGCUAUGGGAGAAGGGCGCUAAGGAACCGAGUGUGCCUUUCGCGAUGCUAGGAGGAGAUGAAAAGAAGGAGUGGGCCGCCGAGAAGUCUCGCCAGAAGCGCGAAAAGCAGAAGGGCAGGGCCCACGAAAUCCGGACGAAGAAGGGGCAACGGGAGCGACAGCAGGAGCAGGAGCAGGAGCAGAAGUCCGCGCCGCCAUCCGAAUACCACAGCCCGCAGUUAGCGGAUGUCGAGUACGAGGAUCUAUCGGCUGAAGUUGAUGCUCGUCUCAAGGCCAAGGAAGAAGCCGAGAAGGCAAAGAAGCAGGAAAAGAAGCGCAAGCGGGAGAGUCAUGACAGCUUCGUUGAUCCGAACGCCUUUCAAGAAGACGAAGAGGAGGAGGAUACGAUUGAGGUGAGGCACCCUGAGAAGCCGAGAAAGAAGAAAUUCAAGCACAGUAGCGACGAAACCGCCUCCAACCCAUCGGCGCCGCAAAUUCCCACGGCCGACAGCGAUACUAUACAUGUCGGCAAGAAGGAGAAGCGGAAAUCGAGCGCUGAGAAGGAGGUCGUGGUCAACAGCAAGAAGCGUAAGAGGAACAAGGGUUAG